AUGAUACUAACUCCAAGACAUUAUCAAACACAGCCAUCAGAGUUCUUGAAUGGAGCGUGGACCAAAGCACAGGAGAAAGACAAUGCACUCAAUCUUACAAAGUUGAUCGCAAGGUUCAACGAGAUGUCGAUGAAUGUCAUUCAAACGAUAUUGAACGAGGAUAAGAUGAAGAGCAGAUGCAAGGUCGUGCAGAAGUUGAUCAAGAUUGCCAAGCAUCUUCACGAGUUGAGAAACUACAACUCGAUGAUGGCCAUCUACGCAGCGUUGUCACACUCUUCCAUCCUGCGACUAAAGUGGACGAUGAAGCACUUGAAGAAGCAGACACAAAAGUCGCUGUUGGACCUGGAGAAGCUGAUGGACAGGAAGGAGAACUACUACAACUAUCGAUCAGAGUUGAGAUCGCUCGACCCGACCGUGCCAUGCAUUCCAUUCAUGGGCAUCAUCUUGACCGACAUGACCUUUAUCCAAGAGGGCAACAAGGACUUUGCAGGCAUUGGCGAGGACACAUGGACUCUCAACAUCCAGAAGUUGAAGAUGUUCUACAACACCAUCAAACAGAUUCAGUUGUUCCAGGGCAGAGCAUACCCUCUCUGCGCAGACUCGCGACUUGCCCAACUGUUGACGCCAAACUUCAACAUCUUUGGUGAGGCCUCAGCCUUGUACCUCAACUCCUACUCUGGUAGCAGCAACAAUGUCAACGGCAAUGGAGGCACAAACAACGGCAACUGCGCCAGCAGCAACAAUGGCAACAAGAUGGUAGACUCUGGGGCAGAUGCAGCAGCGGCUGCCUCACCAGCAAUGGAUACCUCGUCCAACAAGGAUGACUCGCCAGAGAAGCAGGCUCAACCACAGAGUGACGUGACCUUUGAGGAUGAGAUAUUGGACGACGAGGACAGUGAUGUGUAUGAGAUUAGCACUGCUCUUGACCACGCCAAGAAGCUCAAGACCGAGGAGAAUGUCGAGGAGUGGAGUCCAAUGUCCAGCACGCCAGCGUCGUCCAUGCGCGAUAUCCUCGAGAGCAGCAACAACAGUGGCAGCAGCAACUUGCAAACGAUGAUCAAAUUGCAAGAGCGCUCGACACAUCAACUCCUCGACUCUAUCAUCAAUGGACGGUUGGACAAUGAGGAGGAUGAGAAUGCUGAGGUGGACGAGGAAGAGUCACCAUUGCCAGAGCAUCAAAGUGUUCCCAUCGUGAUGCGCAAGUCAACUUCCAACUCUUCUUUGUUGUCAACUCCACCCGAUAUCCCAUCGCCACAUCACUCGCUGGUGUCACUACCCUCGUUCUCCUCGGGCAGCGGCAACCCUUUGAUCCCCAUCCCACCAGUCAUUCAAGUCACGUCUACGCCUACAGACGAGCCACCCUCGUCCACAAUGGAGGUAUUGAUGGCACUUCCCCAGCCACCCAGCGAUGCACCCAAGAAGAUUAUGCGUGGCAAGAGUGUCAGUGCCAGCAACAUUUAUGGUUUGCUUGCCGCGCCCCACUCCGGCAACAACUCUCACCACAACAGCAACAGCAACAGCAACAACAGCAACAACAACAACAACAGUAAUAGUAGUCACAGUAGUUCCCCAAUCAUGGUGCCAUCAAACAACAAGACACAUAACCGCAGCUACUCAACCUCUGCGCAUAGCAGUGGUGGCAGCAGUGGCAAGAUGUCACCUCCACCGGCCAACAGCAGUGGAGGCAGCAGCGGCUCGUUCUCUCCUUCGCAUGCACACCAUGGCAGCACGGGAGGUGGCACAUUCUCCAUCUUUAACAAGCGCAAGAGUGUCGCAAUCACCGAGCUACAGUCACAGCAACAGUCGAUGCACCAUCAACGUCCGCCCCACUCAUUCACGCCCAUGUCUGACGAGGCACUCUUCAAGCUCUCCCAGAAGCUUGAGCCCAAGGGUGCCAAACUCCAAGACAUCAAUUAA